GCCGAAAGGGCGGGGGUUCUAUGUGCCUGCGAUGUUGGGCCCGAUGCCCUGGCCGGGUGGUCGGUGUCUACAGCCCGCGCCACUACAGCGGAAAGGCUGAGCAGCACAGAGAGUCUUGGCGGCCUAUUUUCGCCACCCGGUUCAGGUAUGGGGCUUGCGUCGUGAUCAACAUAGGCCGCGCGAUCGGCCCGGGUGGCAGUUGGGUGCGCUAUUCGCCCGGUGGCUGGCCGGGGCAGGCGCUCGCGGCGAGGUGGGAGGCAAAUUCAACUGCCCAGCAACUACGACGCGACGAGGAAUUUGAUGAAAACCUGCCGCGUGGUGGUUGUGGGACUGCAUGCGGGGGGGUGGUGUUGGUGUCGGGGUUGCUCCUGGCCACGGCGUACGCGAGCGUCAGCGCCCACACGGUUCGGGCGGUCCAGGGUUAUGACGAUUGCGCCCCGGCGCCGAGUGCUUUGGUGCGUGGAGACGCAAUCUCGGCGGGCGAGGUCCGGAUGUUGGUCGGCGUGCAGUAUCUCGAGGAGGCCUGUGCGCGCUGAACGCGAUCGCACGAGGAGGCGAGGAAAAUCCGGCCCGCCACGAAAACCGGAAUCGCCUAACCGGUAUUUUCGGCCGGCGGGACGCAGGACCGCGCGUCCGGGCCAGUCGCUCGGUGCGCGCGGAGGGUGUCUUCGCGUUCAGGCAUAGGCGCCGCUUCGAUUCGCUUUCGCGGAUUUCUUCGGGCGGAGGGAGUUGCCUGUGCGUGGGCCCCGUGUGCCCUCUGUGCCGGACGCUGCUGGUGGGCCGCAGGCGCUUCCUUGGGCCGCCCGGGCUGGCGUGUCCGUCGUUCUUGCUUUUUAUGUGCCGCUGCGCCGGCGGGCACCAGCUUCCUGCGUUCGCCGCGUAUGCCUGCCGGCCUUCCUGUAGGCCGGGAAGGCUUGCCCCCCCGGGUGGC